CAGCCUCUGGAGAACCGGUCGGGCAGCGGGACCUGGGGAGCCGCCGCCCCCAAGCCUCGAUCGCUGCCAGCCAGAGCUGGAUGUGUUCAGUCUCCGGAAAUGAUGAAAAAGAAGAAGCGUUGGGGGGCGGGAGAAGGACGAAAAAAGUCCCCGUUUGGUGUGUGCAGCGCGGUGGCUGGAGAGGGCGAGAGCCCGCGCGGGAGCGGGGCGGGGUGCCAGGGGCUGCAGCGGUAGGAGCCCGGAGGCAGCAGCCGCAGCUGGAGAGGGGAGGUGAAGAGGCGGCCGCACCGGCAGGGGAGAUGCUGCUGCUGCUUUGGGAGCCUCGGGUGGCGUGUUAGGCUGGUUCGGGGGUGCAAGCUCCUAGGACGCGGGGAGAGAGCUGGCAGAUGUCCCAAGCGAGGGAACCUCUUCCUCCGGGGCCUGACGGGCCGGCGCCUGCACCUUCGACUGAACGCAGCCUUCUGGUCUUGCUGCCUCGCGAAAAAUGUGACAAAGUGAAUACAGCUGCAGGAGAGAGAGACAUAACACCACCUUCCAAUAACCAAAGCAUACAACCAGAGAUACAAGACCAGUCUGUCUGGGGAAAUCGCACUGAUGGUGACCUCAUCAGAACACAACCUCAACGCUUGCCUCAGCCAAAUACUUCAGCAUUGGAAAAGAGCGAGGAAGAAACUGGCAAGAUACAGAAUGGUCAUGCAGGUCUGAGUAAUGGAAAUGGAAUUCACAACGGGGUCAAACAUGUAGCUACAGAUAAUAGAAAAUGUUCAGUUCCUGUUUCACAAAAAAUGCACAGAAAAAUUCAGUCCAGCUUGUCCGUCAACAGUGAUAGCAGCAAGAAGAGUAAAAUAAGCUCUGCAUAUUCUCAAAAGCCAGGUUCUUCUCCUGAAGAUUGCUGUGUUCACUGUAUCCUGGCUUGCUUGUUUUGUGAGUUUCUCACCCUCUGUAAUAUUGUUCUGGGACAAGCUUCCUGUGGCAUCUGUACAUCGGAGGCCUGCUGUUGUUGCUGUGGGGACGAAAUGGGGGAUGAUUGUAACUGCCCAUGUGACAUGGAUUGUGGCAUAAUGGACACUUGUUGCGAAUCAUCAGACUGCUUGGAAAUCUGUAUGGAAUGCUGUGGGAUUUGUUUCCCAACAUGAAAUAUUUGUCUCUCUUUUUUUAUUACUCUGUUUAAAAACUGGAGAGCUUUUUAAAAUACUUUUGAAGAAAAAUAAGGUAAGAGUCUCACACAGCAGCCUAGUAUUUGCACUGUUAACUUGCUAUGUUUAAAGAAUCUUUAGAGAAAACAAAAAAUCUGUACUCUAACAAAUGUUGUAUGGUUUAGUAUGUGAAAUUCUAGUUACUUUCCAACCCUCUUUUGGCUUUGCAAAUGGGACAGUUGACUGCAAUCAACUUAAAGGCCUGAUACAAUAGGCCUUUCUUGGUUAAAAUAGCAAUUUGAGUAAAGGUUUUGGCCAGAAAAAAGACUGCAAAGUAGCCUAAAUAUUUUCCCCCUCACCUACUUUAAUGCUUAAAUGCUUGAAUAGCUUUCCAUACCUAACACACUUUUGCAGGAGUUCUUGAAAGCAAAAUGUCUUUAUUUCAACCUUUUAUGGUUUGAAGUAACCUUGGCCUGUUAUAUUUUAAAGUAAAUUUAAAAUAUGCAGUGGGAAUCUACAAUUGGUCUUGAUGCAGUGGUCACAUUGAAAUGUUUCUUCUCUUUUGGAGUAUUCCAUUGGUUUGAGAGAGAUUCCCUGUGCUUAUAAUGGUGAAUACUGGUAAUAGGUGAAAUCCAGGCAUAUUAAGUCAAUGAGAGUUUUGUCAUUGACUUAAAAAGGGCCAGGAUUUCACGAACUGUCUUCCAAACCAGAAGAAACUUUUUAUAUGGAACCUGUAUUUUCCUUCAGUGUUAGUUAUUUGAAGUGAUCAGUUUUAGAACAAGGUUUUGAAAGCCUAGGUAAACAUGAAACAUACCAUUUCUUAGUUGGACUAGAUAGUCAAAAUCACUCUAGUUAUUUAAAGGAAUAUCAUCAAAAAUAACUUCAGAUUCUAAACCUACCAGUUUUUAUGGAUUUACAACUACAUUUCCUAAUUUAAUUUUCUCCCCCUUCCCCCCCCCCCACCCCUUUCCUCUGCUGUAGGAAAGACCCUCACAAAUAGAGGGAAUGGACAGUCAGAGGAAAUAGUGAAACCAACUAGACAGGAAGUACUAUCAAGUGCAGAAAGUAAACUUAUGAAAUAUCUUAUUCUCAAAUAUUGGUUCUUUUAAGUGUUACUUAUAAACAGUAUGUAAAGAAUUUUCAAAUAGUUACUUUUAAGCUGAUUGUGUCUCUUUAAAACUGAAGGAACUAUAGUAAUGUCUUUUAAAAACACAUAGGAUUCAAUGGGCCAAUUUUUUCUCUUAAUUACACCAUGUAAAACUAGAUUUUCUCAGUAUAAUUGAGAACAGACUCUGGCCCAAUUUAGCUAGUGAUUACACAAUUUCCAGAUGUUGGGAAAUAAUGGUGCCAAUUUACCUUAGCAUCUGCUAGUUUCUCCCCUCAAUACCUCUGCCUCAUUUGUUCUGUUAUGUAAACUACCUGUACGCCUUGAUCUCACAUAUUUAACUUUGCUCCAUAUUUCCUGUUUGUAGUUUGUUGGUCCUAGUUGAUUUAGGUCUCACUACAACAGUCCUUGAUGGGUAAUAUCACAUUUCCUUAAAGUGAAUUGACCCUAAAACAGUUCUUUCCACUGUAAAGAAUUCAAUGUAUGUAAAUGUGACAAACUGAAAGAGCAUGGAAAUGUGAAAUUCACUGUCAACACAUUGUUCUUACCUAGGGCCUGGUUCUGCAAACACUGACUAGUAGUGCUUACUACUGUGAGUUCUCACUGAAAAUGAUAACCUUAAAAUAGCUGUAUCCAUCACAAUUCCGUUGAACUAGGGAGGCGUUUCCUUCUGCCUUGACCUCUCCAGGAUUGUGGUAUAUUCCAGUUCAAUGCAGAUUUAUUCAGCAGGUAUCUUUAUACAUUUUUGACAGUUACUACAGUAGCUAUUCCCAUCUGUUUUUGCUACAUAGAUAGAUCCAGAUUCUGAUCUCACAUUAAGGUGAACCAGGUGUUUCUCCACUGUCAGCAUUUUCCAGUGGUGUAACUUCAUUAAGAAAGUGCUCAGAUAUUAUGGUAAUGGACACUGUAGUAAAAAAACUACAUAGUUAAAUUGAUAAAAUCACAGAGCUCAGAAUCAGGCCCAUGGGGCUCAUUAAUAACUCCUUAGAGUCUGAACUACACUGGGACGGGGGAAGAGGCAUGCUGGCUGAGGGGCAGUGCCUGGAGGCAUUUUGCCUUUAUAAGAUAUAAUGCCUCUGGGGAAACUGGGGGCAUCACAGUGAGCAGUGGGACUUGCUGCACGUUGGGAAAGUGUAGAUAGUGCUUCCCCCAGCACAACGCUGGUGGAUGUCACCACAGAGGUGUUGGGGAAAUGUUCUCUGGGACCACGUACCACUGAAGACUGUGCUAGCUGUCCCAGCCCCUGUGUUGCUAAGCAGAAGCAAAUAAGCUAUGGCUGUCCCUUGUUUUGAAUGCGCUUGUGAAUCGGGGAAAAGCGUUUCCUGUGUCUUCUCCUUGUGCCAGAGCAGUCACAUUUUAGUUUAUAGGUUUCUGGAAAACUGAACAUCUGCAUUAUUAAGCUUUUAGUAAAUAUUGAAUUUUAAGAAUUGUUUAGUAUUGCUCUUGAAAAUAAAUUACUAUACCACAGGCUGCUAUAGAUGGGCAAACAAUUAUGUUCUAUACAAACUACUUGUUUAGAUUGUUAUACACACAAAUGUUACUGCUUGUAGGAUACUUAACAAAUGGAAAUGUUUUGGGUUCAAAGUAGAAAAAGGUGGGAAAUGCACGUAUUUCAUUCUUUUUUCUAAAGAGUAUAGUUCCAAUAUUGUUAAACCAAAACCAAUUUAUAUAUAAUCAGAAUCUGGAUAUUUAUAUAUACCUAAUUUUAAUAUUUCUCUUUUGCCCACUUGAUUUGUGAAAUAUUAGGAAGUGGAAAUACUGGCAGGUUAUAGGACAUAUAAAGCCUGCCAAUGACUUGGAACUAUCAUCAGAUUAUUGCAGAUUUAAUUCUGAAAAUUUUAACUGUGUGAUUUGUUUAACAUUUAAAUCUAUUCUGCUACUCUUUGUCAUAGAAAUAUUAGCACUUUUGUAAUAUUUAUCUCUGCAGCAGAGAAUAUUAGUGAGUAGUUUAAAGAACUUCUUUUUUAUAUUUAUAUUCUUAAAAUUCUCUUCUGUUAUGUCCGCUCUGUCGGCAAUCUUAUGAGCAUCUUGUGUAAUAAAAACAAGCAUAACUAAAAGUAGACAAUGUGAAAAUGUAGUUUAAAUAAAAAAUCAGUACUCGUCAAGUUUGUAAAAUUUCUGGUGGACAUUCACAGUGUUUCAGUUUUAUAGUUUAGAGUUCUGCAAACUGGCCCUGUUUUUUACAAAUUGGUAAGUUACUAUUUGUAUUUUAUAUUAACUGGAUCUGUGUAAUUGUAAAACACUAUUUUGAAAUAAAAGAACU